AUGGCUUCCAUUUCUUCCUUGAAAACCCUGAAGUCAACCACUUUGCUUUUCUGUCUCCUAGUCAUCCAAUUAUCCCUUAUCAAAGGUCACGAUGGCAAUGAUCAGAGCAGCAGCGAUCAAGUAAAUUUGCACUCAAAGCACUUGAUUCUUGUUAAAGUAUGGUGCUUGAUAAUCCUACUAGUAAGCACUUUUGCAUUUGGGGUCUCUCCCUACUUUUUCCGAUGGAACGAAAGCUUUCUUCUCUUGGGAACGCAAUUUGCUGGUGGGCUUUUCCUGGCAACCUCUCUGAUCCAUUUCUUGAGUGAUUCAGCUGGGACCUUUGCAAGCCUCACGACCAAAACAUACCCUUUUGCAUUCAUGUUAGCAUCGGCAGGUUAUGUUCUCACCAUGCUUGCUGAUUUCAUAGUGGCUCAUGUUACAAGUGGUGGCACAAGAGAUGCUAGAGUUCGAGUUUUGGAAGAAGGAAGGACACCUGAGGAGCAACCUAGAGAGGUGCAUGUUGAUGUCAACCCAGAGUUCUUGAAGACAACCUCUUUUGGAGAUGCCUUACUACUCAUCCUCGCCUUGUGUUUUCAUUCAGUAUUUGAGGGUAUUGCUGUGGGUGUUUCAGCUACUGAGGCUGAUGCAUGGAAGAAUCUGUGGACAAUAUCCUUGCACAAAGUCUUUGCAGCCAUUUCAAUGGGGAUAGCAUUGCUCAGGAUGCUACCAAAGAGGCCAUUUCUGUCAACUGCGGCUUAUUCGUUUGCUUUUGCUAUAUCUAGCCCUGUUGGAGUUGGGAUUGGCAUUGCUAUUGAUGCCACAACUCAAGGACAAACAGCUAAUUGGAUCUAUGCUAUCUCAACGGGCCUUGCUUGUGGGGUUUUCGUCUAUGUUGCCAUUAACCAUCUUAUGGCAAAGGGCUACACACCCCAAUCUGAAUGUUAUUUUGACACCCCAUUCUACAAAUUUCUUGCUGUGCUUCUUGGAGUGACCGUUCUAGCCAUUGUGAUGAUCUGGGAUUCAUAAAACAUCUACUAUAUUGGGUUUCCUUAAGUGUGUGAUAAUAAUUUAUGUAAUUUCUUUGGCUUUAUUGGCUAUA